CUCUUUUUUUUUUGUAGAAUACGUGAUCGGAUCUCAUUAAAAUCGAUCAUAACUAACAAAGAAUCUAAAGAUAUUUCAUCAAAUAAAGAGUAAUGAAAUGACAGAAUUAAAUGAACCAUUUAAUAAAUUAAAACAAUCCAAUAAUUCAGAUAUUUCAUUAUCAAAUGUGAAUUAUGAUCAAAAAUCAAUGAAUCAAAUUGAACAGUUAUUAUGUCAAGUUUUAAAUGAAAAUUCUAUUUUAAGAGAAAAAAAUGAAGAGUUAAAAGAAAUAAUUCUUAAUAAUGAAGAUCAUUCAAAAAAAUUGAAUAUGAUAAUGAAAGAAAUGAAAAUGGAAUUAAAUAAGAAAGAAGAUUUAAAUGAACAAUUGAAAUCAGACAAUGUGAUCUUAAAUAACUUGAUACAAUCUAUGAAAUCAGAUCAUGAAAUGUUUCAUAUAGAAAAAGAAAAUCUAAUCCAAACAAAUCAACAUUUAGAACAAAUCAUUUUAAGAAAAAUAGAAAAUGAAAAGAAAUUACUAGAAGAUAAUCAAAUUUUAGAUAAAUUAAUUCAAGAUCUACGUGAACAAUUGACUACAUAUACUAUGUACAAGACAAAAUCAAAUGAGCCGAACAAUUUGGAAGAUGAUCGUCUUCAUCAUCAUCAUCAUCAUCCCGCUGGUCAUGAAUGUUCCAACUGUGAAUAUUUACAAAAACAAUUAAAUGGUUACAUUUAUUUAUAUGGUGAAUUAAUUGAUUCGAAUAUACAAGAUAUUUCAGAUGAUUGUUCAAUUGAAGAAUUGACAGAGAAAAGGAAGCAAAAUAUGACAAACGAUAAAAUAUGUGCAAAACUAGAUCAUUCUAUCAAAAUUUCUGAUAUUAAUGAUCAGUCAAAUGAAAAUGUUAAUCCAAAUGAAACUUUAAUGAAAUCUCAUUCAGAUUAUUCAUCAUCAAGUGACUCUUCAUCAAUUCAUGAAUAUGUAAAUAAUGAUAAUGAAUGGGGUAGUACAAAAUGUAUAAGGCGAAAUGAACCUCUGAUUGAAUCGAAGCAUAUCAGUCGAUCAGGCAGUUCAGAUGAUAGUCAAUCAAAUAAAUUCAAUAAUGAUGUUUUAUCGAAGUGGUCAAACAUUCAACAUGAGAAUGAACAGUUGAAAUGUCAGCUAAAUGAAAUGCAUGCUUACUGGGAAGAAAAACAAAAAAAAUUAGAAGAUCAUUGUCGUUUACUUUCAGCUAGACUGAAAUACAUGAAAUCGAAGCAUCGUUCAAUUCAACAUCAUAAACUAUCUUGGUUAAAAUCAUCAUUGAAUAUACUUGUUCCAUUGAAAACAUUCAAAUAUCAUUCAAGACGAACAUUCAAAUUGAAUUCUAAGAAUUCAACGAUAAAUCAAAAGAAUUUCAAUGAUCCUAAUGAUUGUAAUCAACAUUCAUCUAUGAAUAGUUCUAAGAAAAAUGAUCAUCCAUUAAUGAGAUUAAAUCAUGAUGAUAAUGAUCAUAAUCAAUCGGAUAUUACAUAUUCUGAAUUGAUAAUAAAACAACAUUUAAAUAAUGAGCCAAAAUUAAAAUUGAUCAAUAAUUAUAAAACAAGUUUAAUCAAAUCAAGGAAACGUGCUAUUGAAUUACUCAAAGCACAAAAUACCAUACCUCAUUUAUCAGAAAUUCAAUGUUCUUAUGAAUUAUUGAAUCAACGUUAUAAUUCAUUAAUACAACAGUAUCAAGUUAUGAGAAAAUUGAAAUUAACAGCGGAACAAUCAAAUCAUGAAUUGAAUAAUGUAAUUGAAUCAUUAAGUAAUAUGUUACAUAGAAGUCGUAAACAAAAUAUUCGAACUAAACGUACAAUUGAGAGUAUUAAAAUGCAUUUAAUCAAAUUGUAUGACACCAUCAAACAAUUGAAUAUAGAUAAUAAUCAAUCUGAGAAUAACACAUCACAAUCAUUGGAAAAUAUGAAUUCUAAAAAAUUCAUAAAAGAAUUCUCUGAUAAUAUUAUUCAUCAACUUCAAGAAGCAAUAGAUCGUAAACGAACUGAACAUAACAACAUGAAGAAUAAAAUUAAUACACUUGAAAAUGAAACAAAACGUCGACGUCAAUAUAUUGAAGAAUUGAAAAUACGUCUUCAAUGUGUACUUGCUGAACAAAUAGAUCUUCGAAAUGAUUUAUUAACUAAAGAAAAAAUGAAUGAACAUUUAAAAUUCUCUGAAAUUCAAUUAAAACAAACUAAAAAAUGUCAACAUAUUCAAUUAACUACUUUAAUUCAUGAAAAAAAGAAUCUUCUAGAAAAUUUCAAUCAAUUAAAACAAUCUCAUCAUCAUUUAAUGAAUCAAUUAAAUCAAUUAAAAGCGGAUUUUUUAAAUUUACAAAAAUUGAACAAUGAAAAACAUUUUCCCAUAGAAAAAUCAGAGAAUCAAUUAGUAAAACCAAUGAAACCAUUCAAUCGUAUUUGUGCUAAUAAUCGUAUUGACCAUUUAGAAAAAUUCGUUUUAAUAUUAGCAAAUGAAUUAAUUAAAACCAUUAAAACGAUUUAUCAAUUACGUAAUCAUCCAUUAAUGAUGACAACUAUGGUCAAUACAACAUCAGAUAAUGAUAAUCCAAAGUCUACAAUAAGUCAAGAUAGUUUACAUGUAGCUAAAAUGAAAGCAGCUGAAAUUCUAUGUUUAUCAUUAAAUGAUUUAGAGAAAUUAACAUUUCUAGAUAAAGAUAAUCAUCAUAAUGAUAAACCCGAUCUCACUAUUGAUGAUCCUGAUCCUGAUGAUCUUGAUCAUAUCGACUUAACAAAAAGUGAACUGAUCAAUUCAUUCAAUAAUAAAACGGAACCAUUCAAUCAAUCUGGAAUUCUUUCAAAAUUCACUAUGAAUUCAUAUAUAGACAAUUUAAUAAAAUGGCCUAUACAAUGUGAACGAUUAUUGAAAGAUUAUCCUUUUUCAAAGAAGUUAGUAGAAGAAUUUUCAAUGAAAUUAAACGAUUUAGUUGAGAUUGUCACCAUAUUUUUUGUAAAUGAAAAAUGUACUACUGAAGAAUAGUACUGAACAAUUUAUAUGAGUAUUAUGCUUGAUUAUUUCGUAAUUAAAUUUUUAAUAUAUG